AUUUUAUGAACAGUUUUAUUAUUAUAAAGGGGAAGGGGAAGAGAGAGGCUGCGAGAAACACAACCGAACCAAACAAACGAACAAAGCAAAACAUAUCUCCAAACUCUCAACGGUUUUUGGGUGAAAAAUGGAGAGUAAAGAAGAAGUUAUUUCUGUUGAGCUUCCAGCACCUCCUGCUUGGAAGAAAAUGUUUUUCCCGAAGAAAAUAGGUUCGCCACGGAAGAUUGAGAUUAUGUUCAUUGCCCCUACCGGCGAGGAGAUCAGUAACAGGAAACAGUUGGAGCAGUAUCUGAAAUCUCACCCUGGCAAUCCUGCAAUAUCAGAGUUUGAUUGGGGUACUGGUGAGACCCCGAGGAGGUCAGCAAGAAUCAGUGAAAAGAUAAAGGCAACUCCAACACCAGAAAAGGAGCCUCCUAAGAAGCGAGGCCGGAGAUCAGCUUCCAAGAAGGAGAAUAAAGAAACAGAAGCUGCUCCUGGACAAGCUGAGAAUGAAGGGGAAAUUCAAAUGCAAGAUAAGGAGACAACUGAGAAGAAAGAAGCAGGAGAUCAUAAGGAAAAAGAUAUCUCCAAGGAAAACCAGGUCGAGAAUGGAGGUAAAGCCCAAGAAGCUGAUCGAAGCAAGGAUGUGGAUGCUCACAUGGAAGAAGCUGAUCAAGAAGAAAGUGUCAAGGAGAUUAAGCUUCAAGAACGACCUGAGCAAACUGAGAAUGUUACUGAUGAAAAAGGAGCUGCUGGCACUGAAACUAAGGUUAUCCAAGAAGAAAGUGUGAAAGAUAUUAAGCUCCAAGAUGGUCCUGAACAGACUGAGAAUGUUGCUGGUGAAAAAGAAGCAACUGGCCCAGAAAUUCCAAGUACAAAGGAAGGUCAAGUUGCAGUAGUGGCAGUGGAGAAGAAACAGGCUGAAGAAAGUGGUGCUGUUGAAACAACUUCAAGUGAGAAAGAGAAAGUAGAAGACUCUGCGGAGAAGCUGUCACAGACCAAGUCAGGAAAAGAAAAUGGCAGUAGCGAUAGGAAACUGGAUAAUCCAGAAUCAGUGACUGUUGAAGCAAAUGGUGAAGAGAAGAACCCGGAUAUUGAUGACGCACAGAAGAACGAUGAGAAGUCUGAUGGUCAGGGUGAGGAAAAAGGUAAGAAACCGAACGGAGAGUUCAUUGAGAAUGGAAAGAUUAAUCAAAUGGAGCAUACUGAUGCACCACAACAGCCAGGUUCCUCUUCUGUAACCUGCUGAAUGUAUUAUCUAGUGCCUGUAGACCUGACUUUGAAUACCCGUUACCUUGUAUUUUUGUUCCCUGUAACUUUAUGGUUCCAUGGAUGACUGUAACAUUGAUGUUGUGGUAGAUUUGAUUGUAUGUAGGGAAAAUU